AUAUUUAAUUCAACAUUUAUAUAGCUCGAAUAAAAACGUGUAACGUAAUAAAUUUUGCGUAUGGAUUUGCAGUUAUUGAUUUAUGACUUUUUACAAAUCUCCAUGUGUGUGAAAAAUAUAACUUGUGUUUAAAAUGGUCAAAUCUUUAAUAUUAGUGGCCAUUUUUUACGUGUACUUAUGUGAAAUUAGAGCAGAAAACGGAACAACCGAGAAAUCUGGUAAUUGGUAUUCAACUGGAUCGAAAUUGGUUGUAAAGCGUUUUCUCCGAAAGAGUAAAGAACACACAGAUACUACUAAGUCAUCUGAGUCGUCUGAAGUAACUUCUAGUGAAUCAGAAGGGUUUAAAAUUAAUGAUUUUAUCAAUAUAUUCAAUAGUAAUAUUAAAGGACUCAAAAAAGCUAUCAAUAAUAAAACAACAAAACACGACUUAGAUAGGAGUCCCAUAACAGAAAAGAAUAAAUACAAAACGUAUAAAUCACAAACUAUGGAUAAGAAAAAACAUAAGGAUAGUAGUAGUAAUGAAGACAUAAGAGCAACUGAAAAAAUAAAUAAAAAAGGCAAUUCGAAUCAGAACAAGAAUAAAAAUCCUAACAAAGAGAAAUACCACCUUGAAGAAAGAAGUAGAGAAAUAUCUCGGAUUAAGGAAAGAAUGAAAAGUAAAAACCGCUAUAAAGGCAAAACUAUGAACCCAAAGAGAGACCCAGAAAAGAUGCAAGAAGCUUUUCAAUUAAAUGAAGACGUUACUCCUAUUCCGACUACAGACCGCGGCAAAAACAUGAACGUAAAAAAAUUCUUACCAAACAAAGAAAAUGGUAGAAAUAAAAACGAGAAUCAAGACAAAACUAGUAAAAUUGGUGGUAAUUUAAUUGGUGAAUCAGUUCCAGGACGAGCUUUGAACACUGGAAUGAAACUGCCCGUCCCGAGUGUAUCGAAAUUAAGAUCUCACCAAAAGAAACUAAACGAUUUGAGAUCAACAAGAAUGCCACCUAUGCUUAACCAACUUGAUGAUGAAGUUACAACACCAAAAAAAUGGGUAAAACCAAAUUCUGCGAGUCCGCCAAAUACACUUAGUCCCUAUGCUAUAUUGGCACAAAUGAAAAUAGUGAUGGACUGUUUUCCUCAUGCGAAUGCUACAUUUGAAACUAUUGGUCGGACGGUCGAAUAUAACGAUAUAAUCAUCGUUAAAAUUACUGACAGAAAACAAAAAUAUUUUCGAACUGAAGAAAGCAAAUAUAUAGAUGAGGUUCCAGAGAAGAAGAUAAUUUUUAUAGUCCAUGGAUUGAACGUCAUGGGGAUGACUAAAAUGUUGCAUCUCUCUGCUAUCGAAGAAUUAAAGAUACUAAUGUCAUACUAUUUAAAUCAUUUAGAGAAGUUUGACAUAUUUUUGAUGCCUUUGGCGAAUCCUGAUGGAUACUCCCUUUUGCAUAACGUUUAUCACGGAGGCAUGUGGAACAAGAAUGCGUCGCCUCAAGAGGCUUGUCGUGGAGUGUUAUUGGACCGUAACUUCGACGUGGCAUGGAAUGCCACUCGUCAGAUCAGCUCCUGCAGCCCACUGUACCCAGGCCCAGCGCCAUUCUCUGAAGUGGAAACAAAUGCCGUCCGAAAUAUUUUCCAUUACUUCGGUCACAAGAUCGUAGCGUACAUUAAUGUGCAUUCAGGAACAUAUAAUGAAAAAGUUUUUAAGGGAGAUGCCAUCUUAUACCCUCGAGGAUAUACAGAAUUACAGACGGAUGAUGAUAAAUAUAUUGACUUGAAAGGAGAGGUGGACGAGGCUAUGAAGAAUGCCAGUUUUCAAGUUAUGUCAGUAGCUGUUGACACCUUGUACAAUUGGUAUGGGAAAAUAUCAGGAUCGAGUGUGGACUAUGCAUCUACGGUUUACGGUAUUCCCUAUGCCUUGGAGUUUGUGAUGCAGCUGUACCAGGAGGAUUAUACAAACCCAAUACAACAUUACGCUCUCACCGAGAUCUGGAACCGGCUCAUAGACACAGUCUUCACCAACAUUUGGAAGAGUCUUCACGUCAACGAUCUCCGGAAAAAAUAAUACUAUUUAGUAUAAUAAUAAAAUGUUAUUAACACCUU